AUGGCUGACCACGAAAUAGGAAGUGAAACUCUUGUCAAAAAUGUUAAAAUAACUCGUGGUGAAAAUGCAGAAGUAGACUUUGAAAUAGACGCAACCGAAGAUGAUUUCAUACACGAUGAGUUGGGCAACAAAAUACGAUUCGGAGACAUUUAUAAACGAAAGAAAUCGAUCAUAAUUUUUGUUCGGCAUUUCUUAUGUUUCUGUGCAAAGGACUAUGUGGAAGACUUGAGACUUGUUUCUGAAGAAUCAUUACAAAAAGCAGAUGUUCAGUUAGUUGUGAUAGGAUGUGCUCCAUGGGAGUCAAUAAAGAGAUUCAGAUAUGAUACUGGAUACAAAUAUGAACUCUAUUGUGAUCCUGAGAGAGUGAUCUAUAAAAAGCUUGGAUAUGCAGAACAUAACACCAUUGGUUAUAUCAAAGAAAGCAAGCAUAUUAAGUCGGGUUUGAUGACAGGGAUUCUCAAGAGCACAUGGCGAGCAAUGCAAGCGAGGGAUUGGCAGGGGAACCCAAAACAGCAGGGUGGAUCUUUUGUUGUGAAAGCAGGUGGGGAGAUCAUUUUCUCUCAUAUUGACAAGGCUGGUUCUGACCAUGUGGCCAUCAACACGUUACUCAAAUCUGCCGGUGUUCAAGAAGUCAGUUUUCCAAAAGAUGGGAGGGUGAUACACCUUUAAAACUGCCAUGGUGUUUUCGAAUAUAUUCUGCCACAUUUGCGUGAUUCAGGACUUAUAAAACUUGGACACAGUGCUAGAGAUUGACACACCGGGAAUACAUGUUUCUUAUAUGAUGGUGUGUGCUUCAUGCAUGAUAUGUGGGCACUCAAGAGGACUCUCCAAAUUUGGUAAUAAUGUUGACUUUCAUAAAGUGCUUUCCACUGACCUAGUAUAACAUCUGUAUUGACUCACGCUUCCCGUUCUUGAUCAAUCACAUGUAUGUGACAGGUGCCUUAUAAUAGAAUGUAUCUUCUCCUUUACUUUGGAUGCACCCCUCUGAACCCCAAUUUUCAUUAUUGAUUUUAAAAGAAAGUUUUGUAUCUCUUCUUUUUUCUUGUCACACUCCGAAUUUUCGGUCGGAAAUAUGUGUGCUUCUUCUGUCUCUGUUUCUUAACCUUUUUUUGUGUUCUUUCAUAGUUUUUAUAGCAUCAUAAUUUUAUUGUCCGCACAAGUCACUAUAUUGUCUCAUACCACCCGCUGGACAGCCUGUUUAUAUCAUGCUAGUCAUUACAUGCGCGUGUGUGUCUGAUGAUCUCCAUAUUUUACAGAAGUCUUUCAAUGCUCUAACCCCACACGAGCACUAGGUUCAUGAAAAGUAGUCAUAUCUGCUAGUCAUCACGUGUACUGGUUUGUCUGCUGAUCUCCAUUAUUGUGUUUUUUACAUUUACACACAAGUAUAUACAUGUAGGAUAUAAUUUUCAAUAAAACAUA